GAGGCCGGCACAACUGUGGCAGCCGGGGCAACGGUCGUGCGGAGGGCGAAGCCGAACCCACUGAACUUCCUGUCGCAAAACUCCAUGGUGUCGAUUCCAGAAGGUGCAGAUGCCGCUCAAGCAGCCGCGCUGCCGUUGCCGCAAGAUCCCAUGAAGUUCGUGUCAGGCAUGUCGGAGAUGCCGGCCACUCCUGCAUACACCUGGGGUGUACUCCAAACCCCUACGGAGACGCCUGCUGGAUUUUCCCAAUUCCGCCCUGUCACAACACUACAAUACACCACGAUGGCCACGCCCACGGGUGUCGCGGACCCAAAUCGAAAGACCCUGA